CAGAGGUAGUUUAGGCACCUAAGGAUUUUACAAUGUGCAGCAACACAAGUCAAACUUUGAGCGGGGUUGUUGUUGUUGUUGUUGUUGCAAAGAUAUUCAAAUUGCCCCACUCGUUCAUUAUGCUUCUGCCCACUCUUUGGACCCUUGAACCCAGCCCCCGCCUGCAUUGACACUCGGUGCCAUGGUACCAGACACAGCCAGCUGUCAAUGGAGGAUGGCCUGUGUAGUGACAUUGCCAGUGGUGUUGAGAUGGUCCGGGUGACCCCUCUGCCAUCACAUACUAGUGUGUGUGUGUGUGUGUGUGUGUGUGUGUAUUGGGGCACUAUUGUCUUUGUGUUUUUUUGACAUCGCUGCCCUUUGUUCCUCCGUGAUCAUGGCAAAGACAAUGGAUAUUGUAUCUGCAGCCACAAAGACAAGUUCUUUCUUCAGGCGCCCGAAGCCAGUGUUUCACCACCAUCUCUCACUUGCCUGGUGACGCCUGUGACCGCUGGACAAAGAGGGCAGGACCAGAGUCAGUAGGGGCUGAGUUGUGAGGCGCUGGUAGAAGCAGAGGAGCAUUUGCACACAGAUGAAAUCGGAGAGGCUUAUUUUACUGUAGCAAUACCCUGUAGGCAGCACUGUACAUCACUGGUUGGCAGUGGGAUCUUUCUUGUCGUGGAGUACAGGAUCAGAGGCAGCAAAUGUUUCCGGUCAGGCAGCCUUGGCUUUGCAAAGCCUUAGGUUGUUAUGAUUGCUGUAUCCGGUGCAUUGGGGCAGUGCCCUACCCAUCCCUGGUGGCCACCUUGCUGUGCUAUGCUGGCAUGGCAUUAUUUUGUGGCUGUGGGCAUGAAGCGUUGACCCAGACUGAAGUCCUGGUUGAGACUUACUUCGCCCGCAACGUUCAGGAUUUUGAGGUCCUGGCCUCCUUUAUCAAAUACUUCCAGUACGUGAUCUAUGGCCUGGCAUCAUUUUUCUUCCUCUAUGGUAUCCUGCUGCUGGCUGAGGGUUUCUACACCACGAGCGCCGUCAAGCAGACCUUUGGUGAAUUCAGGAGCACCCAGUGUGGCCGCUGCCUCAGCCUGACGUUUAUCAUAGUGACGUACACCUUGGCCUUCAUCUGGCUGGCAGUGUUUGCCUUCGCUGCUAUCCCAGUUUACUUCUUGUUCAACAUGGAGCAGACCUGCCACAACAUCAACAUCCUGGCUGAAACAACCCCUAGCAUUAAUCAGCAUAGCUGGAUUUGCAUGGAUGCCCGGCAGUAUGGUCUGCUCCCUUGGAAUGCAGUGCCAGGCAAGGCUUGUGGAAUGACCUUGGCAUCUAUUUGCAAAACCAGCGAAUUCUACGUCACCUAUGAUUUGUACAUAGCUGCCUUUGCUGGUGCUGCGAUUACUCUCUUAGCACUGUUUCUGUAUAUGGUUGCCACCACCUACAACUAUGCAGUCUUGCGGUUUCUGGGCAGGAAAGGGAUCCGCUAAGUGCGACACAUUCAUCCCAGUCAACCCCACCCUCUGGCUGUGAGAUGGACAGUCAACACAUGCAACAGCAGAUUUCCAUUCAUCCCCUUGGAAACAGCAACUUAGCCUGGACCACCUGCUACAAUACUUCUUUAGAUGUGUCCAAUAACAGCCAAAUGUUUCAUGUCACCUUUUUUGUAUGAACAACAGACAGAGAGAUGAAUAAAAUUCACAACUAGCGGCGAGCUCUGGUCUCCUCAAAUCCUCCACUCAGAUGAUUCUCUUGGCUUUGUUGUUCAUUUUCUUCUUGCAAAUUGCAUCUCUCAUUUUAUUCUUUUGUGAAGCUUCAUUGGUGCUGAUGCUGUUGUCAGACUGUGAUGUAUGAUGUUUCAUGAAUAAUUAAGGGCAAUGACAGCUCGCCUUGCAAAUCAUAACUGCAUGUCCUCCGUUCAGUGAUGCAUACAUUGGUUCUGAAUAUGAUUUUGCUGCUGCUUCAUUAUCACCACCUUAAGUAUCAACAUUGUGUGAACUAAAGCAAGUGAAGCUGAAUGUACCAAAGUUGUCUGCAAGGGGUGGUGUAUCCUCCCAUCUCCCUUUGUGCUUUCAUAUAUAAUACAUGUACUUUGCAUUCACUCAUAACGCAGUUUUGCUUUCUUUAAAUGCCGCUGUGUAGGGGGGAAACAAAGCCGCUUUUGUUUUUGGUUGCUGCUUAAAAUAAGCUGUUUUUGUGUUAUGGGGUGUUGAUGCUUCAAUAACGCAGCUCCAGGUGACUCAAGUUUGAUGUGUAGCCCUGCUACUUAUUGAGCUGGGUUGUGUUGUGUGUGCUCAUUUAAAAUUAAGGCUGAUUAAACCAUUUACAUCUGAGGCAGUAAUUUGUGAUUUUAUUUUUUACCACAUACGGUACAUUGCAAUAAAAAUCUUUCACACUGAUUGUA